AUGUAUCCGUAUUGCCACUGCCUCUGUGGAAGAGUGUGCUGGAAAGGCCAGUUAUACAUUGUUGGAGUGGCUGGUGGUACCGAUGAAGUUGUCUUGUGGCCGGGCUAUGUAUAUGCUCCGUUGUAUGUUUACUACUACAACAUGGAGAGGAACACUUUCAGAAGAGUUGAGAUCAAAGCGACGCCUUUACCGGAGCAGAAUAACGUCCAAACACCUUGGGCAAAUAUUGAGCUUAACAAGGCAAUUUGGAAGACUCCAACAGCACCAAAGAAGCACGACCUCUCUCCCUCCAUCUCUAUCACUCGCGAUCGCCCUCUCGCCCUCUCGCCCUCUUCUUUCCACUGUAAACCUCAUUAUCUGUUAGAAUACAAGGAAGCUGCUUCUAGUUUUUCAGCAAAGCUCAGAGGAUUUAAGGUUACAAUACAAGCAAGUUGA